AUGUUGGUGUUUAUUGUCUAUGACGAGAAGGUGGAUAUAGAGCUAGGAAAAUUUCCUUCCAAGGUUGAGCUUUACACCCAAGCCACAGGAUCAUGGAGGUCCAUCACUACUGUUGGUCAUCCACAUCACAUUGCGCGUUUUAAUUGCUUACAGGCUUUUGUUAAUGGAGCCAUACAUUGGAUUGCAUUUGACAGGAGAGUAGUGAAUGGUCUAACCAGUUUGAUAAUGUUGUUCAAUAUGGGUUCUCAAGCGUUCUCAGUGAUGAUGAUGCCUGCCGCUCUUGUCAGUCAAAGCCCAUCAUGCCUGGGCAUUAUGCCAUAUGGAGAAUCAGUGGCGGUGUUAUAUUAUGGACAACCGGAGGAGGGUUCUUGUUGCAUAUGGGUGAUGAAAGAAUACGGAGUUGCAGAAUCUUGGGCUAAAUUAUACAAUAUUAAUCCUCCAGGAGUGUUGUACCAGAUGGUAGGAUUUAGGAAAAAUGGUGAAGUUCUGCUAUCAAUGAGUGACAAUCACAGAAGGCUACGCUGUUACGACUGUGAGACCAAAACUUUGACAAAUACUGGAUAUACCAGUAGUUCUGAUGCAUUUGCCGCUGAUACUUUCAUGGAAUCCCUAGUUUUAGUGAAGCCAUGA